AUGUCCCAGCCAAAACAAUCGGCGCAGCCUGCGCCUCAAGCGGGCGUCAACUUCGAUCUCACAGUGGGUCAUGUUGGCGAGACUCAAGCGGUCUCGUGGAAUAGACGAGACAUUGUGCUGUACGCCCUAGGCAUAGGCAGCAAGGAGACCGAAUUGGAUUAUGUGUACGAACAAUCUUUAAAUUUUAGACCUUUUCCCACGUAUCCUUUGGUGCUGGCAUUCAAAGGAGAGGGAAGCGAUACGAAUGUGUUUGCGGAGAUGAUUGCCAGUAGAGGAGGUACGCCUGGUUUCCCCAAUCUGGAUCCAAACACGCUGGGUGAGCUUGGCGGUGGGGUUGAGAUCGACUUUUGAGUUGCAAGACGCGCAGAUCCGACUCACCCGUACACCGCCUUGCCCCUUUCUCCUCCCACAUUCGACGCAAACCCAAAAGUUCAUGGCGAACAGUCUAUCAUUAUUCAUGAGCCUAUACCGGCCGUCAGUACGCCCGGAUGGAAGUUGCAGAAACGCACAGUCGGGGUUCACGACAAGCCAAGCGGGCUCAUACUCGAGGGCGAAACUGUCUUGAUCAGUCCUACGGGUCGCAAACACGCCACAAUGACUGGUGCGUAAUCCAUCCGCCCUUUCCCGGUCUGCCUCUCCAGGUUGAACGGCAGUACUGACAUUAUACCCUCUCGCUUCGCUCGCACGGCGUGCUCCUCAGGCGCAAGCUUUUACAGAGGAGGCUCGCAAGGGACAGGCUACAGCAAGAGCAUUGGUCACAAGUUGCCAGUGACCAAACCUCCUUCCAAAGCUGCAGACUUUGAGUUGCAAGAGGUGACGACGUCCACCCAAGCCGCCCUGUACCGUCUGAGCGGAGACUACAAUCCUGUGAGUUACGAGAUGACUGCUAUUCUGCUGCCGACGUUUCCGAAGGGCAGGGCGGGCGCUAGCUGGAAAGGGGGCCAAACACAAAACUUGCACUUGCUGACGUGCCAGGCUGUUGCCUGCGCCAUUCAUUCUAGCUUCACAUCGAUCCAUCCAUCGGCAAAAAGGGCGGACUUCCAGGAGCCAUACUUCACGGCCUAUGCUCCUACGGCAAGUUUUAUUCCCCCCCAUGCCCGACACCCAUCGUUCCCGAUGCAUAGACUGACCUCCACUUGCGCUCUCCCCCCCCUUUUUUCCCCAACCGAAUUCCAUGCAUCGACGUGACCACGCAUUCACAACUUCCAUGUUGAUGCACGCAGGCCACGCAGCCCGCGCCAUCCUGCGCAGCGUCUCACCUCUCGAAGGUCAAGCAGCUUCGACAGACAUUGUAGAGCUCAAAGCCAUGUCUGCCAGAUUCACCAGUCCCGUCCUGCCCGGCGAUACGCUCAAGACGAAGGUUUGGAUCAUCGGAAAGGACGCAGGGGAGGAUGGAAAGAUCAAGAUUGCAUUUGAACAGGAGAUUGUGGGUGGAAAGAAGAGCUUGGGAGGCGGUUAUGCAGAAGUGGUCAAGGUAGCUCGAACCAAGCAGGCCAAGCUUUAG